AAUCCUUCUGUGUACUGACGGUUCUUCUAAAUCCCUCCCCCGAAAACCCACUCCCUCUAAUAAAAAAAAUCACUUCAGUAUUUCUAUCUCGAAAACCAUCUUCUUCUCCAGUUCUCCACUAAUCCAUCUCUUUUUGGAAAAAAACUUCAUCUGAAACCCUAGCACUUCUUUUGUCGGACACAGAUCAUAAGAUUCACCACCAUCCACACCUCCAGAAAUCAACAGUCAGAAACGCCACCGGCACUCCACUGACUCAAAGUCCCCAUCUGAUGAGAACAAGAGAGCCAAAAUUAUUGAUGUUGAUGAGAAUCUGGGGAUCCAAAUCGAUGACAAUGACGAUGAGAAGGUUGCUUGUCGUCUUUAGUCAUUAUCUAUGUACAGCCUCACCGACCGAUGCACUCAUACAUUCCUGAAUCAUAGAAUUUCUUAUUCCUUCCACCGAAAAAGGUAAACAGUACAGAAAAAGCUUCAGAAAUGUUAAAUGACGGAGAUCUGUCAUUGGCUUCUGAGCCUUUUCAGGCUCCGGUGGGAUCUGUUCCUCAGUUUUUGAGUUUGAGACGGGGGGAAGAGAUCUCCCCAUCUUUUAUCCAAGCCAUUGAAGACUCUGCUGCAUCCAUUGUCAUUAUCUCUCCUGACUACGCCUCGUCACACCGUGGGGAUUCUGGCGCCGUACAGAAGAGCCCUGCAGCAUUCUGUGGAGAGUCUUGUUGGGAAGAUGUGAUAUUUGAGUUCAAGAAGAGAAAGCUGGCCGAAGCGAGCAAAGGCGGAGUCCAGAGGGGCGAAGAUAGUGGCGUUGGAGGAAUCAAAUUUGAGAGUAACGGAGGUGAGUUGAAGAGUUAGUGCCAUGCAGAGGUAGUCGGAGGAAGAAGAGAUUUUUCUUUUUUUUCUGGAUGGAAAAAAAAAUCAUUAUUUUUAAAUUAAAUAAAAAUAUCAACUUUAU